AUGGAUGGGGAAAAACGAGGAUCUGUAACUUACGGUACGGACCGAGAAUACGAGGAAUAUGCUAAAGCUAAAGAAUAUCUGGAGAAGGAUCUUGUGAUGAAAGUGGAAAUUGGUGACAGAGCAGGAGAAGCAACAUGUUACGGAAAGCUAGGAACUGUGUUUCGAUCUCUCGGUGAAUAUGUAAAAGCUAAAGAAUAUUUAGAGAAAGCACUUGUCAUCAAAGUGGAAACUAGUGAUAGAGCGGAAGAAGCAACAUGUGACAGAAAGCUAGGAACUGUGUUUCAAUCUCUCGGUGAAUAUGCCAAAGCUAAAGAAUAUCUGGAGAAAGAACUUACGAUAAAAAUGGAAAUUGGUGACAGAGCAGGAGAAGGAACAUGUUAUGGAAAACUCGGAACUGUGUUUCUAUCUCUUGGUGAAUAUGUAAAAGCUAGAGAAUAUCUGGAGAAAUCACUUGUGAUCAACAUGGAAAGCGGCGACAGAGACGGAGAAGCACCAUGUUAUGGAAACCUAGGAAUUGUGUUUAAAGCGCUUGGCGAAUAUGUCAAAGCAAAAGAAUAUCAGGAAAAAUCACUCGCGAUCAGCACGGAGAUUGGUGACAAAGAAGGAGAAGCAAACAGUUAUGGAAAUCUAGGAACUAUGUUUAAAUCUCUCGGUCAAUAUGUCAAGGCUAAAGAAUUUUUUAAGAAAGCACUUGCGAUCCAUAUGGAAACCGGUAGAAGAGGAGGAGAGGUAGCAUGUUAUGCAAAUUAA